CAUAAUCCUGCCCUCAGUCACCACGAUAUUUUGAGGGAGAAGAAUAUUUUCUUUAAGCUACACUGUAAUUUUGAUGAAUGUCACUAUUGAGUGAUUAAGUGAAGUCUAAUUUUACAUCUCGUAUGGUGAAAAUUUAAAUGCAUUUAGGUUUCUCGAAAUGUUCAUAAGCUACAUCUUUACUAAAUUAUGCUAAAAUUUUAAGGUUACUCCUCAAUGGUUCACCAUGGGUUCAGAAAGAGCCGAAGAACAUAUAGUAUUAGCCUAUUCAGAUGAAGAAGUCCUGGAUGAUGAAGAGGGGGGCUCAAGAAUUUUUGAUGAUUUGGAACCAGCAAGCUGGAUCAAUGAUGAAGACACUGACGUUCCCAUUUUCCAUAGAGUGGACUCGGAUCAAAUUAUUUAUGAAGCCAAGAAAAAACGCUGUAAAAUGAUAGGGAAGUAUGUGAUGGGUGAUCUUUUAGGAGAAGGUAGUUAUGGAAAGGUGAAGGAAGUUUUAGAUUCAGAAACACUAUGCAGAAGAGCUGUGAAAAUCUUGAAGAAGCGUAAGUUGCGGAGGAUACCAAAUGGAGAACAAAAUGUACAAAGGGAGAUUACUCUUCUGAAGAAACUUCGGCAUAGAAAUGUCAUUGGUCUUUUAGAUGUUCUUGUUAACGAUGAGAAAGAAAAAAUGUAUUUAGUAAUGGAAUUUUGCGUUGGUGGACUACAAGAUAUGCUAGAAAGCACUCCUCAAAAAAGGUUUCCACUUUGGCAAGCCCAUGGGUAUUUUUGUCAACUUAUGGAUGGAUUGCAGUACCUACACAGUCAAAGAAUAAUUCACAAGGAUAUUAAACCAGGAAAUCUUCUUCUGACUCUCAGUGGAAUAUUAAAAAUAUCUGAUUUAGGAGUUGCCGAGGCAUUAGAUUUUUUUGCUGAGGAUGAUACUUGCUUUACCGGGCAAGGCUCACCUGCAUUCCAACCACCUGAAAUAGCAAAUGGCCAUGAAAAGUUUUUAGGCUUUAAAGUUGACAUUUGGAGCAGCGGAGUUACAUUGUAUAAUAUCACCACAGGUCUAUACCCUUUCGAAGGGGACAACAUCUUCCGGCUCUUUGAAAACAUUGCUAAGGGUGAAUAUACAAUCCCUGAUGAAAUUGAAAACCCUCUUCGGGAUCUUCUUCAUGGAAUGCUGCAAAAGGAUGCAGUUAAGAGAUUUACCUUACAACAAAUCAGACAACAUCCGUGGUUCUGGCGCAAGCCUCCUCAAACUCUUGAGCAAGUCCCUGUCCCUCCUCUUCGGGGUGACGAGCUCCACAAUAUGACAGUUCUACCUUAUCUUAUGGAUUACCAUUACGUAGAGGAUCCAACAUCUGUUCAGCCUCAGUAUUACACUGAACAUGAAAGGAAUGCGUGGGCUGAAGGUCAAAAUCCUGAACGCUAUGGUUUUGAGUGGCAGGAGCCUGUAAACAACAUUAGAAGUAAGGAAGGAUCACCAAAAAAGUACCCAGAUGAAAUGGGUUAUGGUAGUCCCGACACACAUCAAACAGAAGAAUCUGGAGAAAGCACUAGUGACUCAAGCAAGAGGAAAUCAAAACGUAAAACAACAAGUUGCAUUAGUGUUAAGAAAUUUCCUCCUUGCAAACAAUCAUGAUAUCUGUACCCCAGCCUAGAGCUCUCUGUCUGCUUGCCCUUGUGCUGGGGUAAGAUUAGAAUUGCCUUCAUUAUUUCUUUAAAAGGGGUCUCAGCAGCUAACUGAAACUUGAAAUUUAGAUACCAUUUGUGUUUUAUCUUUUCAAACUUCAUUUCAUUACUUUCCUCAUAUUUCCCCAGUAUUACUUUUUCCCUUGUGACUACUUACUGUGGGAUUGUUAAAAAAAAGAAAUGACUGAAUUUCAUUUAAAUUGUUCUGUACCUUUUUAAUUUUGCUUGGUAAUGGUUUAAUAUAAGUUGAAAGCUCUCAUUUUUUUUGGUGGGAUUUCUUAGUUUUUUUUCGAGCCUAUCUAAUAAUUCAAAUCAUCUUACGAGUAUAUAACUGUCUUAUAAUGUGUUCCGAAAGUUUCUAGAAAUCAGAUUUUUGUUUGUGUUUUUCAGUCACAAAUUGUUUUGUGCCAUUUUUUAAGUCUUGCUUGUACCUGACUUUUUGACUUUGAUUUCUUCUAUGUCCACAUGGUUAUAAUUUUUGCUAAACUCUAUCUUUCAUUUGAGGACAUACUUAUGCUCCCACUACCUGUCUCUAAUUUUGACUUGAUGUCUAGAGUGUGAAAGCUAUUCUCUUUUUGUAAAAUAAUGAGUAACAUUUUUAAUUUCUUUUAUUGGUUUCUAUUUAACAAAUCACAAGUGAGGGAUUAAGUUUCAUUUGUGAUCAGUCUGAUCCUUCUAGUCAUUUCCAGGGAUUUGUCUGAAUUUCAGUUCAAACUGAGAUGUUUUGUGGUCUGAGCUGUCUGAAAAGAGUGGUUGCUCAUGCUGAAAGAAUAUGUGAGAUCUUUAUCAAUUCAAAUUCAAAACCGUAUUGUGUGAGACUUUAAGAAAGAAUUUAACUUGACUUGUCCUAUGUCCUAGGUCUUCAGAUGAGUUAAAAACCCAUUUUGAUUUGCCUCAUGCAAAUAAUCUACACUUUUAAACUUUACUUUUACCCGUCUGAUUAAAAUUUACCACGCAUAGGAUACUAUCUCAUUUUAAUUUAAACAAAUUGUUGUUUGGUGUGUGCCAUAUUGUAAAGUCUAUUGUAUUGGGUGUGGAUUACAGAAAUUAUUUUUUUGGCAAUGUUUUGGCUUACACUAUCCUUUUAAAUAUCCAACUUCUGCUUAGGAAGAUAUGUUAAUGCUCCAUUGAGUUAGUAACAGAUAGGAGCCAUGCCACCAAAAUUUUACCAGAAGUUUAACUCUUGUUAUGAUAUGAUAUGGAAUCUUAUUCGCCAACACAAAGUGAGGUAGCACAUUGUUAUUUACACUGUAGAUGUUUUUAGGUACCUUACUUUUAUAUAUGAGAUACAACCCUAGUGAGAAAGAGGAAUGCUCAUUAAUUUAGCCUGUAAUCAUCAAUUACGGUAUGUACUUAGUUUGCAAAUUUGGUUUUGUAACAAACAAAUCAAUCAAGAUAGUCAUCUUUCUAAAGUUUUACUAAUGGUGUAAUUUUUUCUGUGUACUUGUUAUCUUUGAUUUUGUCCAAUGAGCUGCAAAAACUGAUAUUGUAUUUUUUUUCAAUGGUUCAAAAAAUAUGUGUAUGCUUUGCAAUGGCAUUCCCCCCCCCCACUUCUUGUGCAGAUCACGGCAGUAAGAAACUACAGAUUCGACAAUCCAAGAAGUGUGCGUUUUUUGUGAUGUGUUGAACAUAUAUGUUGUAGAUUUUUCGCGAGAAAAUACCAUUGAUUUUAUGGCUGUGAAAAAAUAUCUCCCACACUGUAUUGCUACUUUCCUUUCUGCCUAUCUUGUAAUGAAUUAUGGUUUUGUUCAUUUAGACAAGAAUGCACACACAGGGUGAACCCUUACCCACCUUACUGACUUUGGUGGUGGAUCAGCCGUGCCUCCUGCCAUGGUGGUGUCGUCUGCGAGCCCAAGUGUUUGCAUCCAUACUCCGCUGGGCUGGGCACCCCCAAUCCAUCCUGAAAGUUGGUAAGGUGUGUUGGAAUACACCCUGUACAUUUUUCUAAUCUAGUUCCUCAAAAAUAGGAGUUCUAUGUGAAGCAGCCAAUGUUCCGUCCUUUGAGAGAAAAUGUUCAGGAGAGGUGAACUUUAGUAAUGAGCUGAAAUUUCGCCCUCUUCACUUGCCUGUCACCAUUCUCCCUAGUAGGCAGGUUUCCUACACUGUCACUCGUUUUUCAAGCAUUCUAAUGUUUAGUAAUGUGUAAACUAAUUUGGCUAAGUAACUUUUUCUGCCUUAAUGAUAAAAAAUAGUCAGAGAUAUCUGAAUCAAUAUUUUUCAUUUGAAUAAAGCAAUAGCCGUGUUGAUUCA